AUGGUGCCUUCAGAUGUUCCCACUCCCUGCCAACCAACAACAGUGACAAUCGACGAUGGACCCAAUGUUGCGUUCCUAGACAACACAGGCACUCCUAUCACUAGUGAGAAUGGUUGGUACACGCAGGGAGGCCUGCAUAGUGACAACUCUGAGCAAGUAAGCAUGGGAAUCGUGGACAGUGGAGGAAGCUUGUACAUGGUGGUGGUGUACAACCAAAGAUUUGGGCGUGGCGGUCGUGGCGAGGCAGACAUUGAAGUCACUGGGACAACAGGCUUGGUGCUUGUGGAUGAUAGUGGAGAAGUUCGUUAUUCAUCAGGAACCAUCAGUGGAGACUUUAAAUGGGGUGGAGCCCAUCCAGAUGGCUUUGUGGCUUCUGUCGAUUCAGGAAGCACUGUUUGCAUCACCCACAAAAAGCCAAUCACCACAGGACUGACCAGCUUUCGCUUCAUUCAAGGUGACAAUUCAGAAACGAUAUAUGCAUCAUCCCUCUCAGAGAUUACAUGCACCGAGUUUUGUGUAGAAAUCCCAUGA